UCAGUGACGUGUACUCUUCUUUUUAGCAAAAUAAAAGCCGCAUCGCUCUGUUCUGUACACUUAGUAUUGUUAAAGUAGACAAGCCGCGUUGAUUAAAAAAUUACAUCAGAUAAACCCAAAGAAAUAGACACGUAAGGGGCUCAAAGAAACAACAAAGAUGAGGCAACUGGCGAGCAUAUUGUUGCUGGCGUUUGUCGUGGCCAAGACAAAUGCUUUCUAUUCGCCCACCGAUGGCGUGGUGGAGCUGACGCCCUCGAAUUUCGACCGGGAGGUACUUAAAGACGACGCCAUCUGGAUUGUGGAGUUUUAUGCACCAUGGUGUGGUCACUGCCAAAGCCUUGUACCUGAGUACAAAAAGUUGGCCAAGGCUCUCAAAGGAGUCGUUAAGGUGGGCUCCGUAAAUGCCGAUGCAGAUAGCACGUUGAGUGGCCAGUUUGGUGUACGUGGCUUCCCCACCAUCAAGAUCUUUGGUGCCAACAAAAAGUCUCCCACGGACUACAGUGGUCAAAGGACCGCGAAGGCCAUUGCCGAGGCUGCUUUAGCGGAGGUCAAGAAGAAGGUGCAGAGUGUCCUGGGCGGCGGUGGAUCCUCCGGUGGGUCCAGCAGCUCAUCCGGCGAUGAGGUAAUCGAACUCACUGAGGAUAACUUUGACAAACUGGUCCUAAACUCUGACGACAUCUGGCUGGUGGAGUUCUUUGCCCCCUGGUGUGGUCACUGCAAGAAUCUGGCACCCGAAUGGGCAAAGGCCGCCAAGGAACUGAAGGGCAAGGUCAAGCUGGGUGCCCUGGAUGCUACCGCUCACCAGAGCAAGGCCGCCGAAUACAAUGUGCGUGGCUAUCCCACCAUUAAGUUCUUCCCAGCCGGUUCCAAGCGCGCCAGCGAUGCCCAGGAGUACGAUGGCGGACGCACCGCCUCUGAUAUUGUGUCGUGGGCCAGCGACAAGCAUGUGGCCAAUGUACCAGCCCCAGAACUCAUUGAGAUCACCGACGAGUCCACUUUUGACACUGCCUGCGAGGGCAAGCCUUUGUGCGUGGUCUCCAUCCUACCGCACAUCCUGGACUGCGAUGCUAAGUGCCGCAACAAGUUCUUGGACACACUGCGCACACAGGGCGAGAAGUUCAAGCAGAAACAAUGGGGAUGGGUCUGGGCAGAAGGUGGCCAGCAGUUGGCCCUGGAGGAGUCCCUCGAAGUGGGAGGUUUCGGCUAUCCCGCCAUGGCUGUGGUCAACUUCAAGAAGAUGAAAUUCUCUGUGCUCAAGGGUUCCUUCUCAAAGGACGGCAUCAACGAGUUCCUGCGCGACAUCUCAUACGGACGUGGACACACGGCACCGGUUCGCGGAGCUAAGAAGCCUGCGAUUGCGUCCGUUUCGGCAUGGGAUGGUAAGGAUGGACAGCUGCCCACUGAGGAGGACAUCGAUCUAAGCGACAUCGAUUUGGAUAAGGAUGAGCUGUAAGGCUGUGAGGAAUGGGAGACCAAGACUGUGUGUGCGGCCCAAGCUCAAAAUUCUACUUAUUAAACUAACAAACUCUUGCAUUCUGAAUGAUAUUCAUUAGUCAGCCAACGUAUCUAAAUAUAAAUAUUUCAUAGUUAUCUAUUAGCUUUUUUUACCAUCCUCACAUAGAUCUUAACAAAUUGAAACCAGCGAACAUAUGAACUAUGUACCAUAAAAUGAAUAAACUGUGCAACAAAUCAUGUAAAA